AAGUUGCAGUAGGCUAAGCUGAAUCUAUAGGCUAGAGGACCAGAGUCUAUAGACUGUUGAGAGAGAGACAGAGAGAGAAAGAGAGGUGUAAAGGAAAAUGAGUACUCAACUUCUCAAACUCAAAUAGAAAGAGAGAGAGAGAGCACUCAACACUGCAUUAUGAUAUGAGGCAGCAACGUUGUUGGCAAGUUGGUAACGUGGAUUCAGGUCUUUUGGGGGAAACAAUCAACGACAACGACAGCAUCAAAAGGAAGAGAAGACCCAGAACCGUAACAGCUUUCAGAAGCUCUCAAGCUUUUAAAAAAGUGGUUUUGAGCUCAAAAUGAAGGAAAAAAGUGAUCUUUGAUUCUGGGUCACAAACAACUCCAAGAAAAAAAUAAUAAAUAUAAAAGACACGGAGAGGCACCACCGUCACCAUGCUAUGCUAUCUGCAACUGAAACUUGAAGCAGCAACACCACACAUAUAAUAAUAAUAUGUGUUGUGUGAAAUUGUUUGUUGCUUGUUAGUGGUUAUCGAAGAGAAAGAGAAGAAGCAGCAGCUUUGUAAUUAUGAAUAGUAGGCGCAUUUAACUGUCAUGUCUGGUUGGUGUUUGUGUUUCUCUCUCAUGGGUAAUUGAUGGGGUAAUAUCUGUUUGUGGCUGCUGAGAAGGACCUUUCAGUUUGUGUUGCCUUUGUCUUUCUGUUGCGUGCUUUUGUUGUUGUCUUUGAAUGGCACAUCUUCAGUGUAAUCUCAGGGGCCCCGGGAGUGGUUGUUCUCAACCGGAAAAAGGUUUGAAGGAUGAUGAUCUGUAUAGAGAGCUAUGGAAGUUGUGUGCAGGGCCUUUGGUGGAUGUUCCUCGUACUGGAGACAGAGUUUUCUACUUCCCUCAGGGUCACAUGGAACAAGUAUGUUUUUUUUUUCUUCAAUUUUUGUUGCCAUUUUUGGGUUGUGGUUGGUUGCUUUCAAAUUUUGGUGCAAACCUAACCAAACCACUUUCCUUGUUGUACUUGCAUACGAAACUUUUUGGCCUUCUGGGUUUUUUUUUUUUUUGCUUUUGUUGCAGUUGCAAGCAUCUACGGAUCAGGAAUUGAACCAGGAAAUUCCCCAUUUCAAUCUUCCCUCCAAGAUUUUUUGCCGUGUUGUGAACAUUCAGUUGUUGGCGGAACAAGACACUGAUGAGGUUUAUGCUUGCAUUGCUUUGCUUCCAGAAUCAGAUCAAACUGAGCCUAUAAAUCCUGAUCUAGAUGUUUCUGAGGCCCCAAAACAGAAGUUUCACUCAUUUUGCAAGAUAUUAACGGCCUCUGAUACUAGCACACAUGGAGGGUUUUCUGUUCUGCGGAAGCAUGCUACCGAGUGCUUGCCUCCAUUGGACAUGACCCCACCAACCCCAACUCAGGAGUUGGCUGCAAAGGAUCUUCAUGGAUUUGAGUGGAAGUUUAAGCACAUAUAUAGAGGUCAACCAAGGAGACACUUACUUACAACUGGCUGGAGUACAUUUGUUGCAUCCAAAAGAUUGGUUGCUGGAGAUGCUUUUGUGUUUCUAAGGGGAGAGCAAGGGCAAUUGAGAGUUGGUGUUAGGCGGUUGGCUCGGCAGCAGAGUCCUAUGCCUUCAUCUGUGAUAUCAAGCCAGAGCAUGCAUCUUGGAGUGCUUGCCACUGCUUCCCAUGCAGUUAUGACUCGUACCAUGUUUUUGGUUUAUUACAAGCCAAGGACAAGCCAGUUUAUUGUUGGCUUGAACAGAUAUCUAGAGGCUGUCAACAACAAGUUUUCAGUUGGCAUGCGUUUCAAGAUGCGAUUUGAGGGCGAUGACUCACCUGAGAGAAGGUUUUCUGGUACUAUUGUUGGGGUCGGGGAUGCGUCUCCAGGAUGGUCAAAUUCACAGUGGCGGUCCUUGAAGGUCCAAUGGGAUGAACCAGCAACAAUUCCAAGGCCUGAUAGAGUUUCUUGCUGGGAGAUAGAGCCUUUUGUAGCUUCUACUGCUUUGAAUGUCACACAACCAGUGGUGAAGGGCAAAAGGUCUAGGCCUAAUGAUGUUUCCUCUUCUGGUUUGUGGUAUCAUGGUUCUUCUCAUUCUCAUGAGCUUACUCAAUUAGGUGGUGCUGCUGAAGUCCAAAGCAAGGAAAAUCAGGUUGUAUGCUCUCUUAGACAGAAAGACGUUAAUAACAAUCCUAUUAAUGCUAACUCCAGCAGCUCUAGAGCGCGGAUGGAAGGAAUGUGGUCUUCUUCACCCCAUUUGAAUGUCACUUCUAACCUCUUUUCUGAUCCCAAUAACAAGAACAGCGUUACUGUGCGAUCGUCCAUAUCUAGUUAUCCCAAUGUUUCAUCUAGAUCAAGCGAUGGUCCCACGGCAGAAGAUGUGAAAAAGACUGAGAAUUCCCUAGAUUGCUGGCUAUUUGGAGUUAAUUUGACUAACAAAUCUACCAUUGUCAUUACUCCUUCAAAGAGAGAAUUAAGAUGUCCUAGUUUAACUAUUGUUCCUAGUGGUCCCAAAGAAUCUAUUCCUGCAGCUGCAUGUGAAUCUGGGAGGGUUCAGACUCCUAACUAUUCACUGUCCAACAAGGGGCAGAAGCAAAUUAUUUCUGAUGCAUCACCAAAUGAGUGGCAGAACAAGCAGGCCACUGUACCAUCCAUGAGGACGCGGACUAAGGUGCAAAUGCAAGGUGUUGCUGUUGGUCGUGCACUUGACUUGACCAUGUUGAAUGGCUAUGAUGAUCUCAUAGAAGAGAUUGAGAAAUUGUUUGAUAUCAAAGAAGAGUUGCGUUCACAAAACAAAUGGGCAGUUACUUUCACUGAUGAUGAAAAUGACAUGAUGCUUGUUGGUGAUGAUCCAUGGCCGGAAUUUUGCAACAUGGUGAAGAGGAUCUUCGUUUGUUUAAGGGAGGACUUGAAAAAGAUGAAAUGCAAGCUACCUACUUCUUCAUCAGAGGUUGAAGAGACUCUAUUGAGCCCAGAUUCACAAAAUAGGGAUGAGACUCAACAUUCUCACAUGCCUUAGACAUUUUAACCUUUUUCUUUGUUUUUGGGCUAGGGAGGGGAAAGGUAUCAGAUGGUAUGAGUUGCUUAAUUUUAUGGAACUUUCACAGCAACUGCAGAUUAGUGGACUAAAUUAUAUAGUAUGAUGAUGACAAAAGGAAGUGCAGUUGGAUUUUAGGUACUUAUAUUGUGAAUACUUUUUCUUUUUUUUCCUAGAGUGCCAUCAGCAUGUAAACAAUUAUGCUUUUUCCCAUCUCUAAUGGAUUGUUUGUCUGUGAUGUGUCGAUUUGUU